GCAGAAAGCCAGGAUGAGUAGCAGGCCGCGUACCGGUCCGCCGAAACACGCCAACAAGUUCGCCUGGAAACCCAACGCCGGCGUCAAAAUUAACGAAACCGAAGUCGGAGGAAGGUUUAGGCCUUUAUCUGACAUCACCGGAGUUUGCCCUAAGUGUAAAGAUCAAAUCGAAUGGAAACGCAAAUACGGCAAAUACAAACCCCUAACAGAACCAGCCAAAUGUCAGAAAUGUACCAAACGUGCUGUUCGUCAGGCUUACCAUAAUCUCUGUAACGCUUGUGCUAGGGAACAUAACGUAUGUGCUAAAUGUUCAUGCCGCGUUGACAGAAUCGUUGGAAGAGAUAUUACUGAAGUAGAAGCUGAACAGAAGAUGCUUCAAGCGGCCAUUGGUAAUGCUCGUGAGAGAGACAAGAGAUCCUUGAUUCGUGCUAUGAACAAAGGAAAGACACAAACAAAAGAACAAGAUCCAACUGAUAAUGAUAAAAAAGCUGGUGAUUUGUUUAAAGCUGAGUCACUUGAAGCAUAUGCAGGCACAACGAGAGAUGAUGAAGAUGAGGAUUACAGUGAAGAUGAGACCCAAGUAGUUAACUGAGAAUGCUCUUAAUAUAUUAUUAAAUUAGGGUUAAGAAUCACAGCAUCUUUUAUUGUAACAACAGGAGUGAUAGUGUGAUUCUAUGUGAUCAUUUUCUUGUGUUUUUUUUUUUUUUCU